AUGGCCGUUAGACCACGAGAAGUUUUCUCUUUCAAAGACUCAGAACUUCCCUCCCACCUACUUGCCCAGCUCAACAUCCUUCGUCAGGAGCGUAUCCUGACAGACGUCCUGCUCUGCACGGAGAACCAGGAGAUCCCGUGCCACAGGAACGUCCUGGUGUCCAGCAGCCCAUACUUCCGGGCUAUGUUCUGCAGCAACUUUCUGGAGAGCAGUCAGGCCCGAGUGAAUCUCAAGGGAAUCUCUUCAGAUGUCCUCAGUGUCAUCGUUGACUAUGUCUACACAGGCUGCGUCACUAUCACCAUGGAGUUUGUGCUCCCCCUCAUGCAGGCAGCCUCCAUGCUUCACUACGGAGCUCUCUUUGAGGCCUGUUCCUUGUUCCUCCAGGAGCAGCUGAGUCCAGAAAACUGUCUGAGCAUGAUACGACUCUCUGAGAUCCUUCACUGUGAGAGUCUGAGGGAGAGGGCGAAGGAGAUGGCUGUGAGGUGUUUCUCUGAUGUAGCUGCUACAGAGGACUUCUGUGAGUUGUCUCUUCCUGAGCUCAUGUGUUACCUAGAAGAUGACCGACUUUGUGCUGAGGAGGAGCAAGUGUUUGAGACCCUCCUGGCGUGGAUCCACCACGACCCCUUCUCACGACGUGGUGCCAUCCAUGAUCUCUUCAAGAAAGUCCGUCUUCGCUACAUCCAUCCUACCUACCUCUUCCAGUUCAUCGCCAACGACCCUCUCGUGCAGUCCUCCUCCCUAUGCAUUGAGAUCAUCGAGUCAGUGCGCCGCCUCAUGUUGACGGUCAGCACCAAGUGUAGCCGAGAACUCAAGCCACUCUGGACCACACCGCGACGUUACACCUGCAGCGAAACACUGGUGGUGGUUGGAGGACGAAAAAACAAUGAACAGACCUCACGGGAAGCCUUACUAUAUGACGAAAGGACUCAACGCUGGCAAUGGUUGGCCAAGCUCCCUCUGCGCCUCUACAAAGCUGCAUAUGUGUGCAUUCAUAGCAUCCUCUAUGUGCUCGGUGGGCUCAGCCUCUGCAUGACAUCAGGUGACAGCUCAGUGAGCGCCACAGUUUACACACUCUCCCUGAAGACCAACCAGUGGCGGACUGCUGAGCCCAUGAUGGAGCCACGAUAUGCCCACCAAAGUGUGUCCUAUCUGCACUUUAUUUUUGUGUUAGGAGGCAUCGGCGUUGACAAGAAGAUCUCUCAGUCUGUUGAGAGAUAUAACAGUAUGUUUAAUCAAUGGGAGGCCAUGGCGCCGAUGCCCACAGCGGUGCUGCAUCCAGCUGUUGCGGCCAGUGAUCAGAGGAUCUACGUUUUCGGAGGGGAAGACUCAAUGCAGAAUCCAGUCAGGCUGAUUCAGGUGUAUCACAUCUCACGCAACUUGUGGUCCAGCCUAGAAACAAGGACGGUGAAAAACGUUUGUGCUCCUGCCGCUGUCAUUGAAGACAAGAUCUACAUCAUAGGAGGAUACACCAGACGAAUGAUCGCCUACGACACCAAAGCCAACAAAUUUGUGAAGUGUGAAAACCUAAAGGAGCGGCGGAUGCAUCACAGCGCUACAGUGAUCAACAACAAGCUCUUUGUCACCGGUGGACGCAUCCUCAACGGCCACGAUGUCAUCGAGGACUCAGACUGCUUCGAGUGUUACGACCCCAAGACGGACGUUUGGACCUCCAAAGGUUCUUUGCCGUACAAGCUAUUCGACCACGGCUCCCUGCCGCUAGUCUGUGUUUCUAACAGACCCAACCCACCGUGA